CCACCAUAAUGUUUACGUCCAUUUCUAACUUUGUGGGUAAAUUUCGUCGUUUUUCUCGGCGAUGUUGUCUUAUUAAUCUCACUGGGAGAUGCAUAGCUUCGUCUAGUGUAAACAACAACCGUUCUGAGAGGAAUUCUGUAGUAUUUUUGAGAGCAAGAGAAUAUAAAGACCGAGUUGCGAUCGUUGAUUCGAAUGGAAGCCACUCUUACGAGCGUAUUCUAUUCUUGAGUCAAGCAAUUGGGAAUAGCAUCUUACAGAGGAUCAGAGGAAGAGACCUUUCUGGCCGCUGUGUUGCUUUUCUCUGUCCAAACGACGUUUCGUAUGUAGCUACGCAAUGGGCGAUCUGGAGAAAUGGCGGCAUUGCAGUUCCUCUCUGCAAUUCUCAUCCUACAAGCAUGUACGAUUACAUGAUACAAGACUGUAACUCCGAUUUAGUCAUAUCGUCCAGUGAUUAUGCGCCUAAACUGGAACCACUAGCUAGGGGACAAGAAGUCACUAUUAUGUUUUUGACAGAUGUCGAUCAAGUCUUAACGUCUGCUAAUCAGAUGUUGUCAAGUGAAGAGCUCACUGCAGUGGAGAUGGCGGAGCAAUGCUGGGAUGAGCGUAAUGCAAUGAUUGUGUAUACAAGUGGAACCACAGGUCAGCCAAAAGGUGUUUUGUCCACUCAUGGAAAUUUGAGGUUAGUUAUUGUUUGGACCAGUGGGCAGACUUUACUCAUAUACAGAAUAUUGUUGAGCUAAUCUAAAGGAAAUCUGUUACUUAUCUUGUCACAAACAAAAGAGAACAAAAACACUCCAGACCUUUGGAUUCUGCACUUCAAUGUUGUACCACACAAUAAAUAUAACGUAGAAAGCAACCAGGCCCUCAUUAUUAGUGCUGCAGGAGGAGUGCUUCACCCAUAAGACAAUUUUAGAACAAUGGGGGAGGGGAAGGGGUCUGCUAAUCAUUGCCAGACCAUGCACAGACUUCUCAUGCAAGAGAAAAAAUGCUCGCACCAACAGGCUAUCUAUAAGGGCCUGCCUGCAGCUUAGAAUAACAAUCUAGAUCAUUACAAGCCUAUUACCAAUCUCUUUGUCUCAUACUUGUUACUAGUCUGGUGAAUAACAUCUCUUUUCACAUUCUACAAGCAAGCUCAAAAUUUACUGUCAUUUUAGUUCUAUACACUUACUAAACAAGUUAGUAUUGGUAACAACAUGAUUUCAAGUGCUUUUUGAUGGUGAUAAGCACAAGUAAUUUUUUCAAAAAUGACAAAAUUGCAAAAGCCCACAGGGUGAGUGCAUUUUGUAGUCUUUGAAGAUGAGAAAUCAUGUUGUUACUUGUUAAUAAUUUACAUGAAAAACACAUCAUAGAAAGCCAAGAAAGACAAAAUUCUGGUAGGAUGCACAUGCUAUUUGCUAAUUUCACAUGUGUUACAACUUUACACUCACUUUCAAAAUGCAUUCAUUUUCAGAUAAUCAGACACACAUAAUUUUUUCAUGUAUAUUAUUAGGUUUGAAAUUACCAUUCUCCUUCAAAAUAGGUGAGUGUGAUUGUUUUUAAUUACCCGACCAUCAGCACCACUUAAAUUUGCAUUAUUUUGUUGCAUCAGAUCACAGAUUACUGCUUUAGUCAAAGCAUGGGAAUGGAAGGCAGCUGACUAUACUAUCCACUGUCUUCCACUUCAUCAUGUCCAUGGCAUAGUAAAUGUCCUUCUUUGCCCUUUGUGGGUUGGAGCCACAUGUCACAUGUUACCUAAAUUUAUGCCUGACAAGGUAAAUGAUUAAAAAAGAGUUAGUACUUAUUCUCCUUGCUGACUGCAUAAAUUUGUUGUCUCUUUACAUCAGAAAGCUGGUAUUACCUGCAACAUAUUGUGGUAGGAGUUAUAAAUUUUGCUACUAUUGUGCUGAGGAAUUACACUCACUAUAAAUUUACUAGAGUUAGCUUGAAUCUUACUAAACUUUAUCAGUUUUUGAUAGCACACUGAACAGAUUUUGAGGAGACUGUUCAAAAGUUAAAAUGUUUUAUUGUAUGACCCAAACAACUUGAUGAGCACUUUUUAUAAAAAAAAAAAAAAAAAAAAAAACUUAAAAAGUGUCUGGCACAUGAUCGUAUAGUUUUAAUUCACUUUAGGACAAGACAUGAGGCACAUCAACAAGGAGGAGGAGUUUAAAUUCAGGGGAGCACCUAUCUAAUUGGGGGAAGGGGGAAGGGAGUCCAAAUUCGGGGGGGGGGAACAGCUAUCUCAUUGUUCUGAAAAAAACUUGCGAUAGGGUGAACAGAGCUGCAUAAAGCCACAUGGCACAGUGUAAGGUCUACAAGGUAAAAGAACUUGGAAGAAGGAGAUAGAUGGAAAUUAUUGACAAAGUAGCAGUCUUGUGAUGAAAGCUGGUCGACUGAGUUCAAUCACACAUGUAGGAGGAGGGAAAUAUUUGAGCUUAACUGGGUCCUAACAUCAUGAGCUCUUGCUGAGUUAAAAAGUAAAUAUGAAUCAAGAGAUUUUAAACAUGCAUGAUGAACAUAGCAUAGAGUUAUCUCUCCAUAUUUAUACACAGGUGUGGGAUAUCCUAACCGGAGAUGAGCCACACCCAUCUUUAUUCAUGGCUGUUCCAACAAUUUACAGCAAACUGAUAGAGCACUAUGAAAAAGAGAACCUGACGAAAGAAGAGAAGGAGAAUAUAAGAUUUAGAUGUGAACAACUCAGGUAGAUUUAAUUUGUGUUCUUGUUCUUUUUAUGGAAUUCCAUAUUUUUUUCUGUAUAAGCUGCUCUUCAGAGAUAAAAAAUUUAUCAUGAUCUAGUAUUUAAGUUGUGUGAUGGUUAUUGUAUUCUUGUAAAUGUCAAAUGUGAACCCUUCAAUUCCCAUGAUCUAAUUCUUAAUUCUCCCUAAUACUUGCUACACAUUUCCUUGUAAAUUAGUGACAAGUGUUUGGUUUUAGAUUACGAUAAAAACUUGUACCUGAUAAGUAUAGGUAUUCUCAUUACCUGCUUGGUGGAUUAAUGUAUGGAUAUUAUAGAGAGAGGUUACAUGUUAAUCACUUUGGGAGUUAAAGGGUUAAUGAGUUUGUGUGUUUGUUUGUCUAUGAUUUCAAACUGUGGAUAACAGAUUAAUGGUGUCUGGUUCAGCUGCUCUCCCUGAGCCUGUCAUGAAAAGAUGGAAGGAAAUAACAGGUAAAUAUGACCCUUUAGAAUAUCACUACUUUAAAAUCACAUUGAAAUCCAACAUUCCUUUAUCUGACAAAAUAUAUCAUUCCUCUUGUCUUGUGGGUGGAACAAGGAAAAAUGAAUAGCUUCCUAUUAAGAAUCAAACCCUAAACCUUUAGAUUCCACACCCUCAUUCACCACUAUUGUGUGACAGACACUUCUAUAAUAAGCUGGACCAUUUAUCCUUUACAUCCAAACAUCAAUAUGCAUAUUCCCUAUACUGUUCACUACACAUUUUCCAAGGUGCUGACAAGGAGAAUUUGUAUAACAAUCAGUAUUUUUUUAGUUGGUGAUCAUUUCCUUUAUUCUCGUGACCUUCAUAUGUGAUUCUGAGGAGAUAUUGUGAGGAAAAAUUAGAUGCUAGUCACUCUAAAGUUGUAAGUUUUAAUCAAAGAAAUCAUUCUUGCAGUAAAUCUUACCAAUCAUGAAAUACUGAGUUCACACAUCCAAAGCCGAUUCCAACAAUCCCUGAAAACCCUUUUGGAACCUUGAAAAAAUACGGUUAAAAACCUUAAGGCCGACAAAAUCCCCUCUUCCCUUCCCCCCCCCUCCUUCCCCUGCAACGUUGGUAAGAAUAUAGGAAACGUCCAACAUUGCUAAUGAAAAAUGGGGGAGGACGGCCGGAAUAGAUAGUGAGCAGGUCCUUAAUCUUAGCGCUGCAGGACGCGCGUUUCUCCGCCCGUGUGAAGAUUUGAGACGAGUCAAGAAGAGGUUUUAUCAGUGCUAUACCUCUUGCAAUCCUCUCGCAGGUUCGUGUCACUUAAGGCCUCAUUCUUGCCCGCAGGCGAAGAAACACUUGUGCUGAAGUGGUAAUAAAAAGGGCUUGUUCGAAGGCUAAAACAAUUGUCUCAAUUACGUUUGGAUUUUGGACUAAAAUGUGACCAGCAUUCCGUAUAUUGUUAUAAUUGGCAUUGUUAAAAAUUCGUAUGAAUAAAAAGAAUACGGAACAUAUUAAAGAUGCUUAUCUAUGUUUACUAAAGGACAUACACUGUUAGAAAGAUACGGAAUGACAGAGAUAGGCAUGGCUCUAUCGAACCCUCUGCGUGGACCAAGAUUAGCGGUAAGAUGUAACAAUCAUCUAGCCAAUCAUAUAGUGAGUAUAAUAAUACACGCAUUUUGAUUGGUUCCUCUCCCUGUUCUAUUGAAAGGCAGACUUAGAAAUGACGUCACCAUUAAAACUUUCUGCCUACUGAUUGUAGAAAACAAAUAGAUUCCAUGUUGUUCCAUGUGUUUAAUAAUAGAUCAGAGAUGGCUUCGAAAUGUGGCUGUAGCGUAUAGCGUCGGAAUAAGUCUUGUGUAAGGCGUGAAGAAAAACUCAACAGAGGUUUAUUUUCAGAUAAUAUAUCGACUCCAACGUGAAACAUGAAACGAGGCUGACAAGCGACAGCGUGAAGACUUACCGCAUUCAUCUGGGAGCUAUCAAUGAAAAGUCGCACGGCGACAUGGAAUCCAUUGGCCAAAUAGAGUUGAAUACUGUAUAAUAAUCCCACACAUAACUUUAUCAUGUGACUACUUAUUUAACCGAUGAAAUGUUGUGUCAGCGCAGGGCUCUGUGGGAACCCCUUUACCUGGAACAGAAGUUCGGGUUGUCACAGAGAACGUGGAUGGUGAAAAAGAGGUACGUGAAUUUUUCAUCAUCAUAUUUGUAUAAACCAACAGUUAUUGGGUUGCAAAUUUGAAAUUUUUUCUAAUUCCCGUCAAUCAGGUUAUAGCUGAAGGGAACGAACAUGGAUCUCAUGUUUCGUCUUUCAACGAAGGCCGAGAAGGAGAGCUUCAAGUUCGUGGACCAUCAGUGUUUAAAUGGUUGGUCUCUAUCUCAGCAUAAACUGCGUGUUGGUUUUCCACAGCAGUCAACGAAGUAUAAUUAGUAGAAGGAAAUAGGUUGCUGGUUGUUGGCUUAUACGGAUACAUUUGUUCAUCUAAUUAUUUUAACCCUUUACAACCUAACAUUUGUAUUCGUAUUAUCAAAACUGUUCUCUCUACAUUUCCUAUGGUACUGACAAGGAGACUGUUUGAGUAACAAUCAGAGUUUUUCAGGUUGGCUAUCAUUUCCUUUAUUCUCGUGAUCGUAAUGAAUGAUUCAGCAGUAUUUCUGUAGGGAGAAAUUCGAUGCUGGUCUCUCCUAGGGUUGAAAGGGCUAAGGCACGGGGAUGUACACUUUAGGCUGUUGGGUAUUGUCAAGUAAAAUCUGCUUACCAGUCUGCCUUUCUUAUCUGCUGAAGCUCAUCUCGGUUUCUGUGGUAUGAAUUUGCUAUGGAUAUUUCCAUUUCCCAGCCCACGAUAUGGGAUGUUACUCCAAGGCAGAGUGCAGCCCUGUAUAGGGCCAACAUCCUCGGCAUUUUAGGAGGUUGUUCAGAAAUGCUCUUCUCUGGUUUUGAGAUAAACUGCACUAACCAGGGUUAAUUGUACAAUCACGUGAAUCUUUUAUUUACUAUACGAGAGUGUACACUUUUCAAUUUACAUCAUUGUAUCAUUUUCCGCCAGUUACUGGAAUAAACCCGAUGCUACAAGAGAAACCUUUACAGAGGACGGCUGGUUUAAAACAGGCGACACUGCUGGUAAAUAAAUAGCUCCUGCUUUAAGUCUCAGAGCGAAGUUUUUUCUCCUCCGAUUUAUGCUUGCAGAUAUUUUUCCUUCUAAAAUAAACGUCAGAAUUUUUGUUGCGCUCACUUUCCAGCUUAUGCAAAUGGAGUGUACAGCAUUCUGGGAAGGACAUCGGUGGAUAUCAUUAAAAGUGGAGGAUACAAGAUCAGGUCAGAAUCAAAAUGCAUGCUGGGAAGCAGAGUUUUGGUCGGCCUAGUGCCAGUUACCCGCGCAAGUUUAACGCUGUGGCCUGGGUUUGAUUCCUGCCUUGUUCCGAGGAUUUUUCCUAGUUCCUUCCUCGCUCUGCAUAAUCCCAUACUUCAGGUUUCAAUUCUGCUUGGAAAUAUAGAACGAAGGGCCACUUUUUUAUGUAGCGAAGAAGCUUGUGCCAAAAUACAAUUUGGUUCGAUGGAUUUGAGUUUGUAGCCAACAUUUGUAGCCAAAUUGGGCUGUUAAGCAACGCGAAAUUUCUUGGCGGUUUCUAAUGUAACGGUGUUGACAUAUUUUGGUGAAGAUUUGGUAGAGAUGAGAGACGUUCUAUCGCUUCGAUUUGUGUUGAAUUACUUCUUAUUGUUCUCCUGGCGCCGAGUGAUUUUUAUCAGCGGCACUAAUACAUUCCAGGACUACUUACCUAUAAAUGAAAAUUUUUCUUAGACUGUUGUUGAAUUAAAAUGUGCAAUUUUUCUUGUGGACGUUUUUCCCUGCAGUGCUCUUGAAGUUGAGCGACAUCUCUUAUCACACAAUGACAUUGUAGACUGUGCUGUGUUGGGCAAACCUGAUCCCGUGUGGGGAGAGCGUGUGGCUGCAAUUGUCACGCUGAGCCCUGGCAAGGUGUGCAUCUGUCACCUGUAUUGAAAAGUAGGCAGUCCAAGACUGCAUGUGGCUACUGAUGCAACACAAUGUAUACAGCAAUGAAAAGAACAGAGGUUGAGUUAUGAGGCUAGAAGGUACAAAUCAAAAAUUGGAUUCUGGUAUUCAAAAUAAAAAAUCGAAGAGCGGUGUCUAAAAUUAAAAAUCGGACACUUGUUUCCAAAGUCAAAAAUCGGGCACUAUUGUUCUAAAUCAAAAAUUGUUAAGGAGGCAGAAGCCACCACUACUGAAAUGCUUGCUCAGAAAGUGAUCUAGAAAAGUCAUCUACUCAUCUGCGACAAAAUCACCUUUUUCAAAUCCUGGCUUAUCAGCCUUUACUGGCUGAACAAGGCGUUGCAUUUUCAUUCUUUUCGUUUGUCAUUUUUUUUUCUUUAGCUAAUGAUGUUUUCUCUGCUUGUUCGCACAUAGAAAUUGAGUCUUGAAGACUUGAAACGAUGGGCCAGCGGUUUCAUGGUUCCGUACCAGAUUCCCUCGGUCUUGUUGGUGGUCGAGGAGUUGCCACGGAACACUAUGGGAAAAGUGAAUAAAAAAGAAUUAAGAACAGUGUACUUUGGUAAGGAAUGAUAGGAAACAUGAAUGAAACUCGAUUUAGUUGAGCUUUAAGAACAAGAAUAUUUGAGACGAUUAGAAACUGAAGCUCCGAAUAUACAGUAAACGGUUUGGUCAUGAACUUGUGUUGGUUGGUCAUCCAAGUGAGAGUAGUCCUGGGCAGGACUGUUGCCGGCGAUGCUUACUGCUGACCUUUUGACAA